ACAAAUCCCAAGAAGUACUCAUCAUGAGAGACCACAAACACAAAAACAAACACAAGCACAAGGACACAACCCACCGGCGUGAAGGUGAGGAGCAAGGAGCAGCUCCGGGCACAAUGGCGGAGAGCCGCAGCACCAUCGCCUUCUUCGGGACCUCCAGGCCACCGGUGGCGCUGGACCUCUUCUCGUGCCCAGCGAACCCGCCGCCAUCGUCUCCGCGGGACGAGCAGCGCCUCACCGACGGCGUCUCGUACAACCACAACGGCCGGGCCAUCCCGGCGGCGGCGCUCAAGGAGCUCCUGGCCUUCCUGGCCGAGAAGAAGGACCCCGCGCUGGCCCUGGCCGGCGGUGCCACUCCGGAGGAGGUGGACAAGGGCGGUGUCACCGGCCUCGUCUUCGUCUCCGGGAGGGACAACGGCCUGGAGACACUCCAUGUGGCCCUGCGCACCACAGGCGACAAGACCACCGUGCUGUCGCUGGCCGACAUCUACGGUGCCGACACCUUCGGCGGGGUCCGAAUGGAGGACAGCGGCUGCUUGGCCGGCGGCUUCGAGGCGGGCGGCCUCACCGUCGGGCACUCGCUGGUGUACGUGUCCACCAAGGGGCCGGCGGCGGCACGGCGCACUCCGUGUCCGUGGACCGUGGUGUACAAGACCAACCUUGCCGACGGCACCACGGAGCGCCUCACUCCGCCGGACCAAUACGACUUGAACCCGGCCGUGUCGCCGUCCGGGCAGAGGGUGGCGGUGGCCAACUUCCGGUCCGGCGAGAUCGGCCGCCUCAAGACCGAUAUUGUGGUGAUGAACGUGGACCGGGAGGCGCAGGGCGGGCUUGGGCGCAGCAUCCUCAUCAAGGACGGCGGGUGGCCGACGUGGGGCAGCGAUAACGUCAUCUUCUUCCACCGAGGGGUCGACACCAAGGACCCGGCCAGUACCGACUGGGGCGUGUACCGGUACGACCUCACCACCAAGGACACCAUCAAGGUGACCCCCGACGACAUCCAGGCCAUGACUCCGGCGGCCAUCGACAAGACGACGGUGGCCGUGGCCGUCACCCGGGAGACCUCCAUGGACCGCACAAGGAAGGAGCAGCACCGCCACAUCGAGAUCUUUGAGGUCGGCAAGCCUGCCAGCCCGGUGGUGAUCACCCAUGGCACGACGCCGUUGGCAGACCACUACAGCCCGUUCGUGCUCGAUGGCGGCAGCCGCGUCGGUUUCCACCGCUGCAGAACCGACGACGACAAGGUGAAUACUACCGCUGAUCCCAAGAAGAAGCUGAGUAGCCCGGCGGCGACGCACAAGGACGGCGGGCUGGCCGGCGUGUUCCCAAGCAUCAGCAAUGACGGCUCCAAGAUCUGCUACGUGGACAACGAGUUCAGAUCCGUGUGGGUCGCCGACGAAAAGGGCCCGCGACCAGUCCAUUCGGUGAGGAACAAGAUCAGAGUCUUGUCCACUACGUGGAACCAAGACAUGAGCAAGGACACCAUCUACUUCUGCGAGGGCACGGCCGACCACCUGCAGAUCUGUGCCCUCGAAGGCGCCUCCGAGCUCCGGCCCAAUGACCGGAACAUGAGGCGCCUCACCAAGGGCAAAUUCAACGACGCCUUCCCCUCGAGCAACCCGGCCGGGACCAAGUUUGUGUUCCGGUCGACGCGCAACAGAUCCGGUAGGCCGGAGGACGCCAAGUACAACAACCUCUACAUCAUGGAGGACGCGGAGGAAGGGGAGUGGGGUGAAGGCACGGUGACGCAGCUCACCGACGGGCCUUGGACUGACAGCCACUGCAGCUGGUCGCCCAGGGGUGACUGGAUCGUCUUCUCCUCCUCCCGCGAUAGGGACAUCCUCGACUCCGCCGGUUGCUUCUCCAUCUUCCUCGUCCUAGCCACCGACCGCAAGGUGCUGGUGCGGGUCAUGUCCCUGCCCGGCCACGUUUGCCACCCCAUCUUCAGCCCGGACAUGGACAACCUCGUGGUCACCUCUGACGUCGCCGUAGUCUCCGCCGACCCGGUGUCUCUGCCAAUCUUCAUUGCCUCUGGCAGGCCCUAUGGUGACAUGUUCUCCAUCAAACUCCGUGACACAACGGACAUCAACAAGAACAAGGACAUCAUGGAGUUCCACCGCAUCACACACACCCGCUACGAGUACUCCAAGCCCAGCUGGACCAUCUAUUUUGGUGACGACCCCAACGACAAGUGGCCAACCAAUAGCAGUGUGGCUACGCCCCCCUGCGCACCGCCUCUUUCAAUGCAUUGGUGCUUAGGUGAGGUGCUAGGUGCACUAAAAGUCUUAGCAACCAAUCUCCCGAAUGCAUAGGUGCUUAGCUUUUGCAGCUAAGCUGCUUUCAUUUUGUUUAGCAACUAAACUCUUUAUCCAUUGGUUGAUAGGCAUUUUACGUAGGUCCACAUGCUUGACAUUGUUUCUUCUUCAGAUCACCAAAGUGCUCUCAUCGCUUCUUAGCACCUAUACAUGGUGAAGCACUGAGAAGGGCACUCUCCAUGUUACCCCUAUACAGGAGUACUACCAGUGUUGUCCUUUUCUGUUUUCCAUAAAUAAAGGGGUGUUAUUUCAAUAUUUUUUUAA